UACACCUCAUUUUACCCCAUCGACGUUGCAGAGCUAAAACCCUACCUAAAUCUCCGAUUUCUACUUUCGUUCUCAAUCAUGGGUAGCCAACAAGCGGUUUCAUUUCUCACCAGCAUUGCUCGGGCCGCUUUCGGCUUCGGAGUUGGCGCGACGGUGCUUAAUUCCGCGAUGUACACUGUCGACGGCGGCCAACGCGCCGUGCUUUUUGAUCGGUUCCGUGGUGUGAUCGACGAGACUGUCGGCGAGGGGACACACUUUCUGGUCCCGUGGCUACAGAAGCCGUUCAUCUUUGAUAUCCGCACAAGGCCACACACUUUCUCGUCAAUCUCUGGAACAAAGGAUUUGCAGAUGGUUAAUCUCACCCUCCGGGUCCUAUCCCGCCCCGAGGUCGGCCAUCUCGCUAAUAUUUUCAAGACAUUGGGGUUAGAGUAUGACGAGAAGGUGCUUCCCUCGAUCGGCAACGAGGUUCUUAAAUCCGUGGUCGCUCAGUUUAAUGCCGAUCAGCUACUGACGGAGCGCCCCCACGUGUCUGCUUUGGUUCGGGAGAGCUUGAUUCGCCGAGCUGAGGAUUUUGACAUUGUGCUCGAUGAUGUCGCUAUAACGCAUUUGUCUUAUGGUGCGGAGUUCUCCAAAGCCGUUGAACAAAAGCAGGUUGCUCAGCAGGAAGCGGAGCGGUCCAAGUUUGUUGUGAUGAAGGCUGAACAAGAGCGGAGAGCCGCAAUUAUUCGAGCGGAAGGUGAGAGUGAGUCUGCUAAACUCAUUUCAGAUGCUACUUCUGCUGCCGGCAUGGGUUUAAUAGAGCUCAGGAGGAUCGAGGCCUCGAAGGAGAUCGCAUCCACCUUGGCCAAGACUCCUAAUGUUCAGUACCUUCCUAAAGGCAACAACCUUCUCCUUGGUCUCCAAAAUCGUUAAGCAGGACUUGUAUUGGCGAACAGGUAGCUUUCUCAGUUGGUGCUGAUAUACUGAUUGGACAUUGUGCAUUCUUUCUAUUUGGAAUGAUUCUUUUGCAGCUUUCUCAUUUGAUUCUAUUUUUCUUUAGUUUUAUUUUUAGUUGCAAAUAGAGAGCACCUAGGUGUUUGCUUACAAACAGCUUAUUUUCUUUUGAUAAGCAAACAAUUUACAAUAAGGUGCUGCUUACAAACAAUUUACACGAUGUUUUUCUUCUUUCGAUAAGAAAACAAUCUAUAAUAACUAGCCAGCUAGUUUACUAGUGAACCCACACUGAUCUGUAGCAGCAUUUUCAUCAAUUCAGAAAUUUUUUGUUACCA